AUGGGUAAAUCUAAUAGUAAACUUAGUGAAGACCAAUUAAGAGAGUUACAACGGUGCACUAAAUUUAACAAAAACGAACUUCAACAAUGGUAUAAAGGUUUCUUAAAAGACUGUCCUUCUGGAGAACUUGAUAAAACAGAAUUUCAAAAGAUAUAUAAACAAUUCUUUCCCUUUGGUGAUCCUUCGAAAUUCGCUGAAUACGUAUUCGAUGUAUUUGAUGAAAAUAAAAAUGGAAGGAUCGAUUUUAAAGAGUUUAUAUGUGCAUUAUCGAUUACUUCUCGAGGAAAAUUAGACGAAAAAUUAAUAUUCGCAUUCCAGCUUUAUGAUAUCGAUAAUGAUGGGUUCAUAACGCACGAAGAGAUGCUAAAAAUUGUAGAUGCUAUAUACAAAAUGGUUGGUAGUAUGGUAAAAUUGCCAGCCGAUGAAGAUACACCCGAAAAGCGUGUCAAUAAAAUAUUUACUCUAAUGGAUAAGAAUCAUGAUGGUAAACUUAGUAUGGAAGAAUUCCAAGAAGGUUCGAAAAAAGAUCCUACAAUCGUUCAAGCUUUAAGUUUGUAUGAUGGACUCGUAUAA